AUGGAUAAUUUGCAGAUUUUAGAUUUAGAAAGUAAUUUGCUUUCUUCCUUGCCCGGUCCAGCUUUUAAACAUUUGAAAUCAUUGCGAAUCCUAACCGUCAACAACAAUCCUAUAACGCACCUUGGAAAAAACGAUUUCAAGUAUCUAUCCUCAAUAGAGACUUUGAAAUUUGAAAAUUGUCAAAUAAAAAAUAUUGAACCAUCUUCAUUUCGUCCAAUGAAUCGUCUGUAUGAAUUGAACUUGGCCAACAAUCAGCUUCGUCAUCUUCAUUAUCAAAUCAAAAAAUCUUUCAGCAGAUUAACAGUUUUGCGGCUGUACAACAAUCAGUGGAAAUGUGAUUGCCACUUACGCUGGCUAAGGAUCAGUCUUCAAUCUAUCCCAAACUGGGAUUUUGGAUCAAAUUCGCCAAUCUGCGAAUCUCCAAACAACUUACGAGGAGUCAGCUGGAAGAAUGUUGCUCCUGACAAAUUCGCUUGUUCAAGUACCAUUCAAGUACCAAGCGCAACAAGCGUGGAGGUGGUUCUGGGAUCAAACGCCACGUUGAAAUGUACAGCAUGGGGCGAUCCCGCUCCAAUUGUCACCUGGUUCAUGAAAAAUGAACAGCUAAAUGAAAACUACAAUAACGUUUUCGAUGUUAAUGAGGGAGAAAUUGACGAAUUGAAUUCGGAAACUGGAAGCAGCGUGGAAUCUGUUUUGCACGUGCUUUCGGCUAAAAAAUCUGAUGCCGGUAGCUACAUGUGUUUAGCUGAAAAUUUAGCUGGAAAAUCAGAAGUCAUGUAUAACUUAUUAGUU